AACGCUAUUCCUUUUCCCUUUUUCUUCCCCCACUCAAAGUCUUCAUCUUCCCACCUUCUUUUUUAUUUUCUUUCUUCCCCCAUCAAUGGAACUCCAUCCUCAAUCCCUCCUUCCUUCUCUCUCUUCCAGCACUUCCAGCAACACCAACAACAACAACAACAACAACAAUGGAAGAAACAACAACAACAACAACAACAACAUACCAACAAAACCAAAACAACAAAUACCCAUAACAAGAUCCGAAUCCAACCCAUACCCAACAACCUUUGUUCAAGCAGAUACAACUUCCUUUAAACAAGUAGUCCAAAUGUUAACCGGAUCAUCCGAAUCCACCAAACCAACAACAAAACAAAUUAAUCCAAUUCCACCCAUUAAAUCCCAAAUCAAAUCAAAACCAUCUAAAUUAUAUGAACGUCGUAGUACGAACCUUAAAAACCUUCGUUUAUCACCAAAUCUUUCACCUCAAAAUGGUGAACUUCUUUCUCCUUCUUCUUUCCUUGAUUUCCCUUCUCUUGCUCUUUCCCCUGUUACUCCUCUUAUUCCAGACCCAUUUAACAGAUCCGGAUCCGGAUCCCCAAUUCCAGUUGUUGACAAACAAGCUGAGGAAAAAGCUAUCGCUGGAAAAGGAUAUUUUCUUCACCCUUCACCCGUUUCUACUCCCCGUGAUUCGGAGCCCCGUUUGUUGACCCUUUUUCCUCUUACUUCUCCUCGGGUCGGCCCAGGUUCCAAUUCAAGUUCUUGAAUUUUAGAAAUUAACUUUUUUUUUUUUUACAAUUUUUUGUAUGUAAUUUUUGAGGAGUGUUAAUUGCUUUUAUUUAGUUAUAUAUAAAUAGAGUUAAUUAAUUGGAAUAACAAUUCUCCUUUACAAAAAUGAGUACUGAAUUUUCAUAUAUGUAUGAUAUUAUUAUGUAAUGAGCUAAUUUGAUAAAUUCUCUAGGAAGUGGGGAGAUAAUAGGCAAUGAUGAUAUAGUGUUAUGAGCUAAUUUAGCAAGUGAGAAAAAAAAUUGAGGGUCUUCAAAUUUACACAUUUUUAGUCUUUGAGUUCAAUUGUAUAAUUUGAUUUUGUGGCUUUGAUUUUCAUUUAUAAAAUAAUAUAUCUUUCUUUAAUUUUAUUGGGUUGUAUUUGAAUUUUGAAGUAUAAUUUAUUUAUAUUACCAUUUAAUUGUUUUGGUUUUGUAUAAAUUAAUAUAGUAAUUUCUCAUAUAACUAUCACUUAUAAGAAGUACUUACAUCAAAUCACAGGUAAUACUUUUUUCGUUUCUAGUUAUGUAAAAUGAUCAGACAAAUAUAUUAGAUUCGUAAAAAUAUAUUUGGUCAGGUAUUUUGCAACGUGGAAAUAUUAUUUUGAAGUUAUUUGUGCUGUAAAUAGAAAAGAAAUUAACUUUUGAGUAGUGAAUUAAAUUCUGCAAGUACAAUGACAGCUCAUGAAAAAUUAACUUUUUUGUCUAAAUUGAACUGUUCAUUGAAAGAAGAUCUAAGGUUUUAGUAUGAGUAAAUACAUAGACUACAUUUUUUGCAAUACUUUUUUAUUAACAAUUAAAAACAUAUUAAUAACAAAUUAUGGUUUUUAAUGAUACUAUUUUAUGCAAAAAAUACAAAUUUUGGAAAAAACUACUGUUUAUAUGUUGAAUAUUAGAUUUAUUUUAUUGUCAAUGAAAAUAUAUUAAAUAAAGAAUUUAAUGUUAAAAUUCAAAUUUUAUGUGCAUGAGUAUUAUUACUCCUAUUUUUUAACAAAUAAAUAAAUUGCUUUAAAAAAUAAAUAGAUUGAGCUGUCAAGAGAGAGUGGAGGGAAGGGGAAGGAAUCUUGAGUGACUUUUUAUGAGUUGAUUUUCUGACUUUCUCUGAGUGGGGAAAGUGGGCUAGUUUGAAAAUAGUGAAUUUUUUUUAAUAAUAUUUUGCAAUAAUUAUAAAUUCCGUUUUGUUAUAAUUACAAUUGAUAGCUCUGUUUUGUUAUGUGGAAAUUUCACUUGGUAAUAUUUAAUUUUUAUGAAACGUCAUGGGUCGUAUUUUUGUAAGAAUUUUUCGCAUUGUAACAUUCAGUUUACGCACUAUCUGAUUGUCAUAGUACUUUCCGUUAAAUUCUUAUUAAUUUUUGUUUAAUUCAUCAUUUUAUAAGAAUUUUCCACAUGUUAGUAUUUAAUUUUUGCUCUCAAAUGUUUAAUUCACCAUUUUAACGUAUAAUUUACCGAUUAAUUUAUUAACACCCUUAAAUGUUUAACAAUUUUAUUAUCAUUCAAAUCAUUGGCAUUAUAAAGUUCAAAAGAUGUUUUACAAACACUAAUAAAUAAUUCAAAUGGUGCAUUUUAUAAGCUCAAAAUAUGCAUUUCAUAAAUUUAAAAGGUGCAUUCUAAGUACUAAUAUAUAUCUACUUAAUUGUUACAAUAUUUAAGGGCGUUGAUAAAUUAAUCGAUAAAUUAAACGUUAAAAUAGUGAAUUAAACAUUUGAGAGCAUAAAUUGGAUGCUUUCAUGUGGAGAAGUCUUACAAAAUGAUGAAUUAAACGAAAAUUAACAAAAAUCUAACGGAAAAUGCUACGACAGUUAGAUAGUGCAUAAAUUGGAUGCUACCAUGUGGAAAAAUCUUACAAAAAUGCUAUCACUGACGUUUCAUGAAAACUGAAUGCUACCACGUGGAAUUUUCCUUUGUUAUAUUUGACGUUGCAACGUUUUGUUAUGCUUCCUCCCUUUAAUAUUACUUGCACGGUUGCACCAAAAUAAUUUUAUGGUAGCUUACUUAUUUCUAUACGAAACAAAAUUUAAUCAUGUAAGAUUUUAUUUUAUUCGUUUCGUAGCAUAUUUUUCAUAAUAUCAAAUUUUUAAUUAUGUAUAAUUCUAGAUUUAAACUAUUCAACAAACGCAUUAGAUUUAUGGAUUGCAAUUAUUUCAGAGCAACAAUAAAAAGUAUUUUGGCAGUAGCGGUGGAAAUUGGACAUCAUUCUCUUAUGGAUCGGAAGUGAAAUAAACUCAAAUUGUUUGACUUGAGCGUAUGUCUAAAGGAGAGUAGAGUAAAUGAAGCUAACUAUCUAUUCUCAUUGAAACUUUGGGUAACUUUAGGUGCAACCCUGGAAGGGUGUGUAUUUUCAUUUGGUUAUAUCCGCUAUUUUUUUUGAAUUGUUUUGCACUUUGUGUUUUCAUCUAGUUAGACUACUUUUUAUUAAAAAAAUUGUAAAAAAAUUCAAAAUUUCAAAAUAUUUCUUAUU